AAUUCAUAUAGGUUUUCAAAUUGUAAUAUUUGACAAUAUCUCAGCCACCGCCUAACCCCACGCUCUUCUGUUCCGGUCUGAUCUGCCGGUUGCUGUAUUGUCUGUUCCGAUCAGCUUCGCCGGCGUUCUCUCUGUUUCUCCACAGACACGAGAAAAGACCACAACUUCUACCUUUCUCGCCGUUUGCUUUCUGAACAGUUCUGCCAGUGCCGGUUUUUUGUACUUACCGAUUGUUUAUUCCGAUCAGCUUCGCCGGCGUUCUCUCCGUGUCUCCACAGACUUGAGCAAAGGUCACAACUUUCUACCUGUCCCGCCGUUUCAAUUGUGUUCUACCUUUCUCGCCGUUUCAAAUGUGUUCUGAUCAGAUCCGCCGGUGCCGGUUUUUUAUACUUACCGAUUGUCUAUUCAGAUCAGAAUCGCCGGCGUUGUCUCUGUUUCUCCACAGACGCGAGCAAGGACGACAGUUUUCUACCUGCCUCGCCGUUUCCCUUGUGUUCUGAUCAUAUCUGCUACCGAUCGUCUUGGCCGUCGGUGUCUCUGUUUGAUGAGGAUUAAAAGGUGCCGGAAUGCACAGAGACGGUCUGCCGCUGCUGAAAUCAUUGGCAGUAACGAGGACCUGGCGGUGGAGAUCCUUGUGCUUCUGCCGCUGAAAUCUGUGGUUCGAUUCAAGUCCGUCUCGAAAACAUGGUUCUCUCUAAUCUCCGGUCCUACUUUCCCUCUCCUCUGGCAACAGCGUCAACGACAUUCCCAUGAUCCCAAAAUCUCCGGUCUUUUCUUCACCUGUGAAUCCCGAAAUCAAAUCAAAUACAUUCCUCUCAAAGACACAGAUGAUGUUGGAAAAAGCAAGUCUUUAGCUCGCUUUCCCAAUAUGUAUACUGUGGAUAUUAGAAUUAUACACUCCUGCAAUGGUUUUCUACUCUUGUGUUUAAAUCCAAACACUUCCCUGUCCCGAUCUUACCAAGUUUACAAUCCUACUACCAAGCAAUCCCAAACACUUCCCUGGCCCUUUUCCCUUUCUACAUAUCCUGCUGACCCUCUAUAUUUGGCCUUUGAUCCUUCCAAAUCAAUUCAUUACAAAGUUGUUUUGCUUAAGAGAUUACGCAAGAACGAUGGUUUGUAUCAAAUUCAUGUUUAUUCGUCAGAAACCAAUGCAUGGGGGAGACCCUUUGGUGAUCAUUAUUCUUUCUCCUCAGUGGACUUGGAUAAUGGAGUCUAUUGCAAUGGUUCAAUACAUUGGAUUUCCUUCUGGACGGAUGAACCUUCCCAAUACUUUGAUGUUGAUCAAGAAAGAGUGUUUCCAAUGCCAUCAUCACCAUUUCCGAAAAUUGAUGGAUUCUGGCAUUUCGGGGAGUCUAGAGGUCAUUUGUAUCUUACUGGGUGCAGUGUUUUUGGCACCACAUUUGAUAUUGAAGUCUUAGAGAUGGAAAGAGAUUACUCCAAGUGGUCAUUAAAGUAUCGACUUAACUUUAACAUGAUGCUUAAUUUUGUAUCACAGGAGAUGAUCGCACCGCGAACAAUGUCUCUGCUUGGCUUAAUUCAUGGAAAAGAUGAACGAGAUGUCUUUUUGGUGUUAUUUGUGGGCACCAAUAUGAUCAUCUCUUAUAACAUUAAGGAUGACACAUUUAAGAAAUUUCAUGAUGUAGUACACCAUCCUGGUUCUUCUUCGCAGGAGCUUAGGCAGUUUAAAAGCUGCAGGGUCUAUCCAUACAUUGAGACACUCCUCUCAGUUUGACCAACAGUUCAUUUUACUUUGAUUGGGUGUUUGUUUCAGUGUUUUGUAACUUCUUCAAUCUCGAAAUCUAUUUACUUUACAUUAAUAA